UUCAACUCCCCGGCGACCCCUCAAGAAAUUUCUCACUGCUCGUGCUCGAAGCUCUCCAGCACGCACUCUUUUCUCUCUCACGAGGAUGGUUGAAGAAGAAGAGCAGCGUCAACUGAGCCCGCUCGACGAACCCACAGUGGCCGCUCAUCAAGACUACUCAUGGCCCGCCAUUCGGUUCGAUGUCCCUCCUCAAAGAGCCUAUCAUUUCCACAAACAGUUCAGAACUGACCAGAAGCCGAACAACUUUCUUAAAGGCGUCAAAUGGUCACGUGAUGGGACUUGCUUUCUCAGUAGUUCAGAGGACAAUACACUUCGUGUGUUCACUUUACCAGACUAUGGGGUUGACGACAGCGCAAAGGCAAGUUCGUCUGAUGUUGAUCAAGAUUCCUUUACAGCAAAUCAUGUUGUGACGGAAGGCGAAUCGGUUUAUGAUUUCUGUUGGUACCCAUACAUGUCUGCUACAGACCCAGUUAGCUGUGUAUUCGCGUCAACUACUCGUGAUCUUCCAAUUCAUGUCUGGGAUGCUACUACUGGACAGCUACGUUGCACAUACAGGGCUUAUGAUGCUGUGGAUGAAAUUACAGCUGCAUUUUCAAUUGCAUUUAAUCCUGCGGGGAACAAGAUCUUUGCUGGAUAUAACAAAUCCAUAAGAGUGUUUGACGUACAUCACCCUGGUAGAGAUUUUGAGAAGCACUCAACACUUCAAGGAAACAAAGAAGGUCAAACAGGUAUUAUAUCUGCCAUUGCUUUCUCUCCAGCUCAUACUGGAAUGCUGGCAACUGGCUCCUACAGCCAGACUACUGCAAUCUACAGAGAAGAUAACAUGGAACUCUUAUACAUCCUACAUGGUCAACAAGGCGGGGUUACCCAUGUGUUAUUUUCGAAAGAUGGAAACUUAUAUACUGGAGGACGAAAGGACCCUUUCAUUAUGUGCUGGGAUGUUCGCAAGGCUGUUGAUGUCGUCUACAAGUUGUACCGGUCAUCUGAAGAUACCAACCAGCGCAUAUACUUUGAUGUUGAACCUCUAGGUCGAUAUCUUGGUACAGGCAGUCAGGAUGGUCUAGUUCAUAUAUAUGAUCUUCAAACUGGCCAGUGGAUUUCAGGCUUUCAGGCUGCAUCAGAUACAGUAAAUGGCUUCUCUUUUCAUCCGUUUCUGCCAAUGGCUGCUUCUUCUUCCGGGCACCGAAGAUUUGAGGUUCCUGAGGAGGAUGAUGCAGUAUUUCAUUUGAGGGGUGAUGAGAACUGUCUCUCAAUCUGGAGCUUUGCUUUCGAUUCCGCACGUUACAGCGUGGAUGAUGGAGAUGGAGGCGCUGAUCUUGUGGCCGCGUCCUAUGAAAAGGGGCAACAGGAUUCUUGAGAAUUCUUAAAAAACUUUGUGUCAAUCUAUAUCAUGUCUUUCACGGAUCGGAGAUAUUGAAUGAUUGAUGCCAGAGGCAAAUCCAUGAUCUGCAGUGAUCCAGCAAUGUCGAGCUUUCGUGAUUUGUAACGAGUUAUGGUGAUUUGUGGCGUAGCUUUGGGCAGUCGCACAAA